CCAGUGCAAGGAGGGGCCGGGAGCUGUGGUACUGGGGAAAGCUGGACCCCCCAUCUGUUCUGUCCUCCUUCCUCACUCAUCUUUCACUGCAGGAAAUCUGCCCAGGAUGGUGCGGUGGUUUCACCGAGACCUCAGUGGGCUGGAUGCUGAGACUCUGCUGAAGGGCCGCGGAGUCCAUGGGAGUUUCUUGGCCCGGCCCAGCCGAAAGAACCAGGGAGACUUUUCCCUCUCAGUCAGGGUAGGAGAUCAAGUAACCCACAUCCGCAUCCAGAAUUCAGGGGAUUUCUAUGAUCUCUAUGGAGGAGAGAAGUUUGCUACAUUAACAGAGCUGGUGGAAUAUUACACUCAACAGCAGGGCGUCCUGCAGGACCGUGAUGGCACCAUUAUCCACCUCAAGUACCCCCUCAACUGCUCUGACCCCACCAGCGAGAGGUGGUACCAUGGCCACAUGUCUGGGGCCCAGGCCGAGACGCUGCUUCAGGCCAAGGGCGAACCCUGGACAUUUCUGGUCCGUGAGAGCCUGAGCCAGCCCGGUGAUUUUGUGCUGUCCAUCCUCAAUGACCAGCCCAAGGCUGGGCCCGGCUCCCCACUCAGGGUCACUCAUGUCAAAGUGAUGUGUGAGGCUGGCCGUUACACAGUGGGUGGCUCUGAGACCUUUGACAGCCUCACAGACCUGGUGGAACAUUUCAAGAAGACAGGGAUUGAAGAGGCUUCAGGUACCUUUGUCUAUCUGCGCCAGCCAUAUUAUGCCACACGAGUGAACGCCGCCGACAUCGAGAACCGGGUCUUGGAGUUGAAUAAGAAACUGCAGGCAGAGGAAACAUCCAAGGCUGGAUUCUGGGAGGAGUUUGAGAGUCUUCAGAAGCAGGAGGUGAAGAACUUGUAUGACCGGCAUGAGGGACAGAGACCCGAGAAUAAGAGCAAGAACCGAUACAAGAACAUCCUCCCUUUUGAUCACACCAGGGUGAUCCUGCAAGGUCGAGACAGCAAUAUCCCAGGGUCUGAUUACAUCAAUGCUAAUUAUGUCAAGAACCAGCUGGUGAGUGCCGACGAGAAUGCCAAAGUAUACAUUGCCAGCCAAGGUUGUUUGGAUGCCACCGUUAAUGACUUUUGGCAGAUGGUGUGGCAGGAGAACUCCCAAGUUAUUGUCAUGACUACCCGGGAGGUGGAGAAGGGCCGGAACAAAUGUGUCCCUUACUGGCCUGAAGUUGGGACCCAACGGUCUUAUGGUCUCUACGCCGUUGCCAAUUGCAAAGAGCACGAUACCCCUGAGUAUAAGAUCCGGAACCUGCAGGUCUCCCCCCUGGACAAUGGGGACUUGGUGAGGAAGAUCUGGCACUACCAGUAUCUCAGCUGGCCUGACCAUGGGGUGCCAAGUGAACCUGGAGGUGUCCUCAGCUUCCUGGACCAGAUCAACCAGAAGCAGGAGAGUCUGCCCAAUGCAGGACCCAUCAUAGUGCACUGCAGCGCUGGCAUUGGACGGACUGGGACCAUCAUUGUCAUUGACAUGAUCAUGGAGGCCAUUUCCACAAAAGGUCUGGACUGUGACAUCGAUAUCCAGAAAACCAUCCAGAUGGUCCGGGCCCAGCGCUCAGGGAUGGUGCAGACGGAGGCCCAGUACAAGUUCAUCUACAUGGCUAUCGCGCAGUUCAUUGAGACCACCAAGAAGAAACUAGAUAUCAUGCAGAAAGGCCAGGGGGAGUCGGAAUAUGGGAACCUCGGGUACCCUCCAGCCAUGAAGAAUGCCCACGCUAAGGCCACCCGGACCUCCUCCAAACACCGGGAGGAUGUGUAUGAGAACCUGCAGAGCAAAAGUAAGAAGGAAGAAAAGAUGAAGAAACAGCGGUCAGCUGAAAAGGAGAAGACUAAAGGCUCCUUGAAGAAAAAGUGACCGCUUGGGGAUUCCAGGGCUGGUCCCAAACGGCAGAGGAUGUCCACUUCUAGUGACUUCCUUAGGACACAGCCUCUUCUCCCCUCCUUCCAUCCGGGUAUUUGUCCCUUGGCUUCCCCCUCCCUCCCUUUCAGUCACUCCUUUUCUAAUUUAAUAGCUUUACCUCCACCCCUCCUCCUACUCCCCUUGCCUACGCUGGCCACUGUACAUAGCCCAUGGAAGCCAAGGGGACCCCAGCUAUCCCCCAUCCUUGUAAAUAAAGCCCCCAGUUCUUCA